UUUAUGUGUGAGAUAUUUGGAUACUCAAAAUAAUAUAUGUGAAGAUUUUUUGCAAUAUAUAAAAGUAGACAGUCUUACUGGCAUUUCACUUUCGUCAGCUAUUAUAAAUGGUUUAAUUAGUUGUGGAGUUCAAUGCGAUUUCUAAUUUGGUCAAGGAUUUGAUGGAGCAAGUAACAUGUCUGGGAAGUUUAAUGGCGUUCAAGCGAUUAUCCGUGAACAGUAUCCUCAAGCAAUAUAUGUCCAUUGUGCUGCCCAUUCACUGAACUUGGCUGUUUCUACUGCAAGCAAUAUUAAGCCUAUUCGAAACUGUUUAGGCAUAUUGGAAAAAAUGUAUGUGUUUUUUAAAACUCCAAAGCGUAAUAAUGCAUUGUUAAUUGCAAUCGAUGAAGGUGAUUUUGAACCUAAAAUCAGAACACUUAAAAGACUUUGUGCCACACGCUGGGUGCAGCGUUAUGAUGCUGUGAACGAUUUUGUUGAACUAUUCCCUUGUGUGGUGGCUGCAUUAGAAAUAAUUACAGAAUGGAACGACAGUACUGCCACUGAUGCUGCCAUAUUAUUAAAAGCUAUUGAUAGUGAAUUUUUGAUCUCACUUCAAAUUACAAAAGAAAUGGCUAUAGUUAUCAGCUUAAAUCUAUCAGUGAAAAGAAUUACAAAAAUACAAACCAAUCGUGCAAAUCCAUUUACAGAUUCUGAUAAUAAUAAAAUAUCAAACAUAAAUGUUGAACAUUAUUAUCGAACUACAAUAUUUAUUCCAUAUUUGGAUUUCUUUAUUGCACAAUUAGAAGAAAGAUUUACUGCACACAAAACUAUUUUUAAAGGAUUUGAGACUAUUUUUUCAAAAAAUCAGUUCUUAAAUGCAAGUGAAAUUGAAUCCUUUAAAAAUCUGGCAGAGUUUUAUUCACCGCAUGUAAAUAAAGACAACAGUUUGGCUGAACUGAAAAUAUGGCGAACAAAGAUAUUGGACAAUUCUGAAGUCAUUAAAACUGGCCUAGAUGCUCUUCAACUCUGCAGUUCCUCUAUUUAUACAAAUUUGAAUAAGUUACUAAAAAUUUUAUGUGUCCUACCCGUUUCAACAUCCACCCCAGAAAGAACGUUUUCAACAUUAAAGAGGGACCGUUUGAAUGGAUUAACGUUGUUGGCAGUACAUAAAGAUACUAGCAUUACUCCAGAUGAAGUCUUGGAUGAAAUGUCUAUGAAGCCAAGAAAACUUGAUCUUAUACUUUAA